UGGUCACCCCACCAGACCUGUGAAGGAAACUACACUUUUGAUCUCCACAUGUAAGAUGGAGGUCUUGUGCACCACUGCAGCCAGUUAGUGGCCUCAGCGGUGAUGUGUCAACAAGCGGACCCCCACUGCUAGUGAAUUGCGGAAGAAGACAAUGUCUAUGAAGAAGACAAGAGGACCUUUGCAGAACGUCAUAAAAGUGACAGAUGACUUGAAGCGUCAGUUUGACGAUUUACUUAAGGAGACUUUACAAAAAGAUGUUUUGGAGCCCAGAAUUGGACAAGAUGUCUAUGAAAGAUGUGUUCACCUCAAGAAUUUGGUCGAAAAAAACAGAGAGGCCCUUCAGAGGUUGAAAAAGACUGAUGAACCAGGGCCUGUUGGGAAUUAUGACCAGAGAAAAGGGGAUGAAGAUCGGAGACUGGUGCAGCUGUCUCACCAGUUGCAGAAUCUGGCAAAGACUUUAGCUCGUGGAGAAGAAGAUCUUAAACAAACAAGUGCAGAUGAAGAGGAAAGCGAGGAAGAGGAGGACGAAGAGGAUGAUGAUGAUGAAGAAGAGGAGGAGGAGGAAGAGGAAGAAGAUGAAUUAGAUGUAACUGCGAAACAUUUUAUCACCCUUGGAGAUUUUCAGGCGCAGCAGAAAGAGGAUUUAACUUUUCAAAAAGGAGAAGUGCUGCAGAUUCUUGACAAAAAACCUGAUGGUUGGUGGGUGGCCCAAAACUCUAAGGGAGUUCAGGGUCUAGUACCCAAGACCUACUUGCAGAUGUACAAAGGGACUGAUCAUAGUCCAAGUCCUAGUGAAGAAGAAAGUGAAGAUGAGGAGGAAGAGUCAGCAGAAGAUAACACUGUCAACACGAAAAGGCCUGCAGAAGACACGGUAUCUCAAAUGAGCACUUCUAGGAAAACCCAAGAGAUAAGUGCUACAGAAGCAUUGGCUACAAUGGGCACCAUACCUACUGGGUUCCGAACAUCAACUCUAUCACAGCUUUUAGAAAAUGGAGAUCAGUAUAAAUCCGGUAGAUACCUUCAGCCUGAACUCACCUCGUCACAACUGGGCUUUAAGGAUCUGUUGUGGGACUCAGGGACAGGAGGGAUUCUGCCACUUCCGACUCGAGUCUCUGUGUCUUUAACAUUAUGGAGCUGUAAGAUGAUACCUCUCCCCGGGGCUAGCAUCCAGAUUCUGAGCAGACAUGUGCGACUCUGUCUAUUCGAUGGAAAUAAGGUUUUAAGCAACAUUCAAACUGUGAGGGCUACAUGGCUCCCCAAAAAUUCAAGAACAUGGACAUUUUCUCCAAGGGUCGCAGGUAUACUUCCUAGCUUGCUGGACGGGGACUGUUUUGUAAGGUCUUGCAGUCAGUCCCCCGAAAUAGGAAUCCUCUUUGAAGUUGGUGUUACCUAUAUUCGCAAUUCAACAGGAGAGAGGGGAGAGUUAAGCUGUGGAUGGACUUUUUUAAAACUCUUUGAUAUGAAUGGAAUUCCAUUACCUACCAGGACGUAUGAACUGACGUUAAAUGGUGGAACACCGUAUGAACGAGGGGUAGAAGUUGAUCCAUCUAUAUCGAGACGAGCAACAAGUGGCGUCUUCCAUCAAAUGAUAGCACAGAGAAGACAACCCCGGCUUCUUGUGAAGAUUAGAUCACUGAACAGAAGAAGGAGAGAAAUGUUAAAUCUGCUUCCAGAGACACUGGUCGGCAGCAUGUGUUAUGUUCCGUUGCUGGUGUACUACCGUCAAAUCCUUGGUGAUGUGCUUCUGAAAGAAAGAACAAGUAUGCAGAGCACAGAUUUGAUUUGCAAUCCUGUGCUGGCAACGUUUCCAAGACUUUUGGAGCAGCCUGAUGUCAUGGAUGCUUUAAGGAGUGGAUGGGCAGAAAAAGAGAAUUCUCUGAAGAGAUCAGAGAAGAGAGAUGUGGAAUUCAUGAAGAAUACAUUCAUCCAAGUGUACCAUGACACCGCUUACCCACUUCUGGAAUCAACAUUCCUUCCGGCACCCAGAUGGGCAGAGGAUGAGACAGAAGCCGCGCGCUGGAAGGCAAUUGCCGACUUCCUCAAACAAAAUCGGGAGAAAGAAGGGGCCAUUCGUUUUCUGCUGUCGCCUGAUACUCCUCACAAGCCCUUCGAUAUAUCAGAGAUAUCGUAUGAUUUUCUUGAAGCUGCAAGAACAUCUCUGGUCACGUUGUAACUUCAUGUAACCUAAAUUCACAUGAGUAUUUGGGAGACAUCUUCAAAUCGUAUAAAUGGCGUUGUGUAUAGACUUUUUUUUUCAAGCGGUACCAGCUGCCAUCAUAAUAACUGUGUUAUUACUUUAAACUGGUGUAAAGUAGAACUGGCUUAGUUGCCCAUAGCAACCAAUCAGAUUCCACCUUUCAUUUUUGACAGCUCCAUUGGAAAAUGAUUGGUUGCUAUGGAAAACUGAGCCAGUUCUACUUUACACCAGUUUGAUAAAUGACCCCAUAUGCACGGAAAUCACAUUAAUGUGUGUGUAUGAGGGGAUGUCUGGUUUACCUUUAGCGUAUAUGCCUGAAAAGCUCCUGACCCAAUCAUUACCUGAAGGCUUUGAUGGAUGCCUAACAUCGUCAUCUGUAGGCUAUAAUGGCAAUAAUUUAAUGGCUACGUCAUGAGCUUUUCUAAAUAUCCUUUUCAUGACGCAACUGACACUGUCCACAUGGUGAAUUUUUCCUAUGGAAAAUCUGCCUCAGGUUUCUGCUGCGGCUUUGCAAUUGGAAUUCAUUGGAUCUAGCCCCAUUAAGGGUCCAUUCACACAUCCGUGUGUGUUUUGCGGACCGCACAUCGCCACGGAUAUCUUUUGCAGAAGCAGAUCAUCCAUGUGGUUUCCCCAUCUGUACGUAUGUCCGUUCUACAAAAAGAUGUCCUAUACUUGGCCGCAAAAUGCGAACCAUGCACCCAUUCAAGUCAGUGGGUACGAAAAAAAAAAACAGAUGCAAUAUGGAUGUCACAUGGACGUAAUACGUAUUUUGUGGAUCUGCCCUAUAAAUACAUACAGUUGUGUCCAUGAGGCCUUAUGGCCUAUGAUUGAUGUCAUACACAGGCUACUAUAUUUAAAAAAAAAAAAACUCUAUACAGUGCUGUAUACAUUAGAUUUUAAUAGUGCAGUUUUUGUUUUGUUUUUUUACAGUUAGUGAUGUAUACCUCCAGAGGGAGGCCAAAUGGCACUUUUUUGGCCUCCGUCUGAAAAAUGGAACCAUAUGGACAUUGAAAUGAAAGGCUCCCAAUAUACAUGCGAAACAUAAAGAAAAAAUGCUAUGCGAGUUGGGCUAUAGGCUCUUCAGGAGCAGCAUCACACCAUUGAAUGUCAGUCAUUCAGUAAUGAAUGGAGAAGGCCUUUGCUUUAUGCAUAUGCUAGACAUAUGGUAAUCACUUAUAUACAGUGUCUCUUUCAUUUUAGACAGACCUGGCAGGGCCAUUUUAUAUAAAAGAUGGUGCCAUAUUUAGACUUUUAUGUAUUUGUUUUCAUAAUUCAUUUAAAUACUUUACAAUAUUACAUCCUUUUAUACAGCAGAUUAUUUAUAUACCAUAU